AUGGUGAAUGCACUUGUAUCGGAGACACGAGGCCAGGCACCAUACCAAACUGACUCACCUGAAAUAAGCGGCACUCUCUUGGACUGUCUGGAGGCAGUCUUCAACCACUGGUGGGCUGUCUUGAAGGAGAAGACAAAGCAAGCGACAUCAGAUGUGGUCCCCCAGGCAGAAACAAAACAGCAUCACGAUGUGAGACCUGGGAAGUCCCUCACAGGUGAACCAAUGCCGAAACCGACUACAUACCUCACUCCAUGCUUUCCUGGGACUAAGGCCACCGGGCAACCGACCCCUAAGCACUGGCCACGCAGGCAGAAAAGCAAGAUGUACAGAGCCUCCUGCAUUAUUCCGAAUGGGAAGGACUUCCAGGAGGACCCGAGUUCGACGCAUCAUGGUGCCGGCUCCCAUGCAGUCCUUGGGUAG